UCCACGUCCUCGUUGCCGUCGCCGUCGUGGUUUCUUAAGGUCCCUAAAAUUAGUAACAGGGAAAGUCCCUUUGUAUUUGGAUAAGCUGGAACAGCUUCCCGGAAUUCCAAGAAACUCCACCUAUGACCAUAUACGCUCUCCGUCAUUCCGGUUAAAUUUCGUUUAGCCUACUGAUUCCUGUUUGUACAACAGCUACAACUUGAAGACUAAAAUCAUAGAAGAGGUUUGAAAGCAGCCCGAAUCAUGAGCAAGAGACUUCAGAAACGAAACAGUUGCUGUUAAUCUCAACCGUUACGACGCUGUACAACAGAGUCCUGCUGCGCGAUACAUGAAAAACAUUGAAUUGAAAGACGAAGUGGAUAGAACCUCUCGUACUGUGGAAUCACAAGAAAGACAGAUAGAAGCCUUACAGAGUCUGAUUGAGGAGACCGAUAAUCCAACUCUAUUAAGGAAAUCUAAGAGUCUUUUGAGGAGGAAAUGGAAAUCAGCGUUGAUUAUUGUGCUCUUGUUAGCCUUGGCUGUGGUAAUACCACUACUGUAUGUCUCCAAAUCUAAAAGUUCCUCGUUUGUUCCGAGUGAAUCAUCUCAAUCGUCUCAGAACAAGGCACUAAAUUUACAGAUGCCGUUGGGACAAGGAAAAGACGGGAAAGCUUCUUUCAAUUUCGGAGUACGGCUAGACAAUCUGCUUCAAGACUGCCAAAAUCCUCACUGGAAGCGAUCCUUUCCGGAUCUUGAUUACGCCGUCUUCGGCUACGACAUUUUAAAGGGUUAUCCACUGGCUACAGGCCACGAUCCUGGCUUUACUCACCCAAUAUUCGUGACAGACUACACUUCUGAAAAGCAGACUUCUGACUGUCGCUACAGUGUCCCAGCAGGCUUGAUUGUUGUACCUGACGUGUCCUGUGAAACAUCAUUUUCUUCCAAAGUUGUGCGAAACAGAUUGGAGAUGUCAAAGUCUCUUGAAGCAUCUGCUAACAUCGAAGGAGGUGGAUGGGGCUUUAAAUUUAGCGCAAGCGCAAGCUACAAAGAAUCUGUGGCACAAAUGUCGUCGGGAGAAUACCUGUACGUCAUAUCCCAGGCUCAAUGCCGUUAUUAUUUCAGCAAAAUGGACGACACGGAUCCCCCACCCUUUGACCCAGGCUUUGUAAGCUGGGCAAAGAGACUUUCCAACUCAAAUGGCAACGGUGAUGCAGUCUUGGAGUUCAUCCAAUAUUAUGGAACUCAUUACCUAACAGAGGUUACGUUUGGAGCACGAUUCAUGAAGAACCACAAAAUGAGUCAAACAAAGUACACAGAGCUUAGGAGCCAGAAAAUUAGUGUAGAAGCACAAGCCAGCUAUUCAGGAGUCGACAGUAUCGGAGGGGGAUUUUCAAUGGACUCAGAGCAAAGAUCUGCUGUUUCCAACUUUCAGAAGUCUGUGGAGACAAGCACAAUCACUGUAGGAGCAGCUCCCCCAAGCAACGGGGAUGCUAUGACGUGGGCUUCCUCUGUCCAAGAAAAUCCAGUUCCUAUCAGGUUCACUUUGAGAGCUAUUCAUAACCUGUUUACUGAGAGGUAUUCGAAGCAUCUUCCCGACGUAAACUUGGAUGUUAUGCGUGAGAUGAUCAUCAAUUCCUCAAAAAAUUAUUGCCAGGCUCUGAAACUCGCAGGACGGGUAGAUUCGUGUGACGAUGACAUUAAUUUGGGCAUUGAACUGCAAAACAUUGGAGUAGCCACAUUUGGCUAUAGAUAUUUGGGAAAGGUGGAUGAGACAGAUUGUAGAGCCAUUUGUCUAUUGGACGAGAAGUGCGUGGCAGUUCAGUAUUCUGCUUGGAGGGGGUGUAAACUCUUCGACACGAAAAAGGAUCUCACAGCGGGUGAAACGACGAAUUCCAAACUGGUGGUGUUUCUCUCGAGACUGCAUCGAUUAAAGGAAAGUUUUGUUUUGAAACAUCUUAAAGUCAAAGAAAUUGAGCAACGCCGUGGCGAAAAGCAGUCUGCCAAUGUUUCUGAGUGUAGCUUAUUUUGUGCUGAAGAUGCAUUUUGUCAGGCGUUUGUGAUGUGUGACCCUAAGAUAUCCGGAAGUUGGUGUAAAAACGCCAAGGGUAACUGCCUGCUUUAUUCAAAACAGAAAAGCACGGCUGUCGAAAUAAAUGAAUAUUCCGAGAUUCAUUAUGUUUGGAAAAAUUACACCCUGGCGGAAGAGCCAGUAAACUGAACAUGAUCCGCUUGGCCGAAGUGAGGCUGAAUUUUUAUUAUUUGUCAGUUAGCUGUAAGUUAGUUUGAACAUUUCUCUGUCAGACUCGCAUUAUGGACUGAUUUCAGAUCACAUUGUUAAUGCAUGGGGUUAUUUGGGCUGUUUAGCAACUGUAGAUGGCUCAAAAGGACGUUCAUGUUUAGAGAAAGUAAGAUAAAAUCAAAAUGCGAAGAAGUAGUUUUUUAGUUGAGGUUAAAACUCCUUUUAGAUUUUCCACUUGACCCAUAAAACUGUGUUCCGCCCCUAAGGGUCUUGUAGCCGUCGCUGUUCUGAAAUAAGUUUGAAUUUGAAGAUCUAGGCAGUGCACCGCUGACAAGAAUCAGAGGUUUACCUACUCUCCGCUAUGAGGAUGAAUUAGCAUAAUGUUACAAGUAUUUGCGGGGUACGGGUACCAAUUUUUAAAUCAGUUGAUGGAUUUCAAUUUAAUAUCAUUGUCUUUUUAAAGAAGUGUUUUAUCUUUUUACUUUGGAAGUAGUAGGUUAAAUAGUUCAAUCAACCAGCAUUGCUUGCAAUGUUAAGUUUCAUUUUGGUAAGAAUUUCUUUGAAAAUAAGGUUUUGUUUUUGGAAAUUUAAAUGGGUUUAAAUUUUGUAUGGGCAUGCGCAAUGGAUGCUUUUAGAAGUACAAGUGUGAGUGUAAGCCCUUUUUAUAAGUAGAGGUAGAACAGUGUUGUAUUCAUAGAUGGCUAUUUCAGGUUUAAUUGGUCUUUUAUUUUGCAGAACGAUUAUGAUGCAGGGUGAAUGGGUAAAAAUGGCUUUACCUUAAUUAAUUAAAAAGAAUGAUGUUUAUGAAUCAGCUUAAAUUCGUAAAACUCUGUUCUCUCCGAUUUUAGGAUUUUUAAUCCGAAUUGGCAUCUAAGAUAUAUAGUUAUCAAGUCUUCAUUCGGUGCCAUAAAAUUUGAAUUUUCUGAGUCGUUUGAACUGGUUGAACUCAAAGAUCACCUCCCAGUAUAAACAUUCUCGUAGAAAACGACAAGGAUGUAAUAAAGACGAAUUCAUACCA